AUGAUGUAUCAAUCCCCAAAGUUCAAAAUAGAACAAAUGGCUCCCUUAAGUCAACAUUAAAAAAUACUAAUUGAAGAGGUACCUUUCGAUGAUCUUGUUGAAAUUGAUUAAACUAAAAUCUCUUUUAAUGAAAAUUUAAUUGUCUGUGAUUAUAAACCAUGGCAGACUGUAAUUUAAAUAAGAAAAACUGUUGAAAAACUAAAAGGACAUUCAAAUCCAAAUCUACAUUGGAUUAAUCCCAUACUUAAUGAAGGUUUAAAAAAUCCUUCUAGAUCCAUACUAAAAAGUUCUUCUAUGAAUAAUAACAAUCUCUUUUUAAUAAAUUGA